CUUAUAUCCGCUAAUACCGCGACGGACAUUUACCCACAAGCACCAGCUGCCUCACAGUUCCGUGUCGUGGAGCUCCGAGUCCGGGACACUUUUUUGUUUACGUCUGCUGAAGUGUGAGGAGAGAGAAAGUCAGCUGUUUGACAUGGCCUCGCCUGACGAUACAGAAGGCUCUCUGACUCCUGUGGACUUUAUCCAGCUGCAGCAUUACAUGGAAUACAGCACUUUGAGGGUGAAAGAUGUGAUUAAGGAGUUUCACCCCGGGGGUCGUCUGGCCCAGCACAGCGUCGGAGAGUGCGUGGAUGCAGUGGGUUUCUGUCUCUUUCUCAAGACCUACCUAGAAGUGGACGACUUCCCUGCAGAUUUCUGCCAACGCCUUUUUCGCUAUUUUCAACAUGCGGAGCAGGAUGGGUGCACAAAGAGUCCUCUGCCCAAAGGAGGUGGGGUCUUUCUUCGGGAUGUGUCCUGUUACUUCUCAGUGCUGGAAGAAGGACAGCCCAGAGAGAAGCUUGAGUUUACUUUCAAGCUUUACGAUAAAGACUGCAACCAACUCCUGGACAGCUCUGAGGUGGAUCGUAUAAUCACCCAGAUGGUGCGAGCGGCUGAUUACCUGGGCUGGGACGUGACUGAACUUAGACCAGUGCUCAAAGACAUGAUGAAAGCGAUCGACGUGGACAACAGUGGGACUGUCACUCUGGAUGAAUGGGUGAAGGGAGGCAUGAACAAUGUGCCUCUGCUUGUUCUGCUUGGACUGAAGAUGACAGAGAGGGACGGGCAGCAUAUUUGGAGGAUGAAGCACUUUAACAAGCCGACCUACUGCGGCGUGUGUCAGAAUAUGCUGCUCGGCCUCGGGAAGCAGGGACUCAGCUGCACCUGUUGCAAGUACACUGUCCACAAUCAGUGCGCCAACCAGAACCCUGAACCCUGUGCUCGGACCUUUGUCAAGUCGAAAAAGGAGAUUGGGGUAGCUGCUCACGACUGGAUCAGAACUGACUGUAAAUCCAGCAAGUGUCAGGUCUGCCACAAGAGGAUCAAAACUUUAGCGGGGAGGCGCUGUGUGUGGUGCCUGGAGAUGCGUCAUGAUGAGUGUCUGUUCACUGGCUCAUCCACUUGUGAUUGUGGGCCACUGAAAGAUCACAUACUGCCUCCGUGGGCCAUAUACGCUGUCUCAAAGGAGGAGGACACCAGCUUGUUAAACGUCACCCCGGAUGGCCACAUCCUGCAGAUUGUUUCAAUUCCAGACACACACCCUCUGCUUGUGUUUGUCAACCCAAAAAGUGGAGGAAAGCAGGGUGAACGAGUGCUCAGAAAGUUUCAGUACCUGCUGAACCCGCGUCAAGUGUACAACCUUUCCAACGGAGGUCCUGCACCAGGACUACACUUCUUUCGCAAUCUGCGUGAGUACAGGAUCUUGGUGUGUGGAGGAGACGGCACUGUCGGCUGGCUCCUGGAUGCUAUAGACAAAGAAAACCUGCCGGUGCGUCCUCCAAUAGCUGUCCUGCCUCUGGGCACCGGGAAUGACCUUGCCCGCUGUCUACGCUGGGGAGGAGGCUACGAGGGGUCAGACCUGAGAGAGACCCUGAAGGAGAUUGAAGCCAGCGAGUUGGUAGACAUGGACCGCUGGAGCAUCCAGGUGAUACCAGAGGACCCCCAAGACACAGGAGACCCAGUGCCCUAUGAGAUCAUUAACAACUACUUCUCUAUAGGAGUGGAUGCUUCUAUUGCUCAUCGUUUCCACUCGAUGAGAGAGAAACACCCCCAGAGAUUCAACAGCAGAAUGAAGAACAAACUUUGGUAUUUUGAGUUUGCCACUUCUGAGACAAUCUCUGCAUCUUGCAAGAAGCUGAAGGAGUGUCUCAUGAUUGAGUGCUGUGGGAAGUAUAUAGACCUGAGCAACAUAUCUCUGGAGGGCAUAGCUGUCCUCAACAUACCCAGCAUGCACGGAGGCUCCAACCUCUGGGGCGAGUCCAGGAAGCCUGACGGUGUGCCAGAGGUGGAGCACAGUGAGGUUAUCACUGACCCUGAACUUCUUAAAACAGUCUCUCAAGAUAUAACUGAUGAACGUUUGGAGGUGGUGGGGCUGGAAGGAGCCAUAGAGAUGGGACAGAUCUACACUGGACUGAAGAGCGCCGGGCACAGACUGGCACAGACCUCCCAGAUUACCAUCAGGACAGUCAAAGCUCUGCCUAUGCAAAUCGACGGGGAGCCCUGGAUGCAGCCGCCAUGUACUAUCCACAUAACUCACAAGAACAAAGCUAAUAUGCUGAUGGCUGCACCAGCAAAACCAACUGGCUUCUUCCACCUCAAGUAGAUCUCACGACGUCCUCCAGUCCACCGAGGGUCAUAGCAGAACACCUGUAUUAUUGUGAAUGAUGCAGGAUGAGUAUUCAAAAGACAACAUCCAUCGCUGAAUGUGUAACUGUGUGUUUCCUUUGUUAAGUAUUACUGUGUAUGUAUCCCUGAUAUAAUUCUAAUAUAGUACAGACAGCUUGCACUGAGGCAGAGACCACACCGACAAAUGUUUCAAAAGUGCAAAUUUCAGUCUGAUUGCUGCUAUUGUGUGCCAACUUAAAUGUAAUGCAUCCAUUAUUGUUGUGUAUCUACAGUGUACGGAUAAGGAGUAUUUGUUUAUUUUUAUUAUUUAGUUGUGGUUCGUCAAACUCAACAGUCGUGUCAUGUGAGUUUCAUCUCCACUUCCUAAUGCAGUGGAUGAUGAUGUGGUUUUGUUCCUUCCUCAGCAGCUCGACAACUCUGUUCUCACGUCUUUCUCUGUCUGUGUUCAUCCCACUAAGUCAGAAAAUUAUACCAUGUUAUUGUUUUUUACCGUUUCCUAGAGAAAUUAUGUGAGAAACACGCGCUUUAAUGUGGCUUUAUAAAGAUUUGAUCUACAGGUACAUCUCAAUCAAUUAAGAUAUCAUAGAAAGUUUAUUUAUGUCAGUAAUUCAAUACAAAAAGUGGAAAUAACACAUUAUAUAGAUCCAUUACACACAGAAUGAAACAUUUCCUGUCUUAAUUUAUUUAAUUUCUUAAUUUCAUAAGUAUAAUGAAUAUGGCUUAAAUUUAAUGAAGAAAAAUUCAGUGUUUCAAAAAUGUUUUAAUAUUACAAAAGACCAAUUUAAAAACAAGUAUGUUUAAUAUGGAAAUGUUGGCCUCUGAAAAGUAUGCCCAUCUAUAUGCACUCAAUACUUGGUUGGGGCUAUUUGACUUGAACUACUGUAAAUUGACUUUUCUAUGAUAUUCUAAUGUAUUGAGAUGCACCUGUACAGUUUAAAAACAGUCAGUGCACAUUAAUGUUUCUAAUACAUGAACGUGCACUGGACAAGAGUAAUGUCAGUAAUCUUAGUUUCCUGCAUGAUGUCGCCCUGUGACUUUGCUGCCAGUUUAUGUCUUUGCAUCAUCUCUGUAAUCAGUCACAAAAUACACAAAAACCCUCAGAAUUGUAAUGAAAUUAGGAUAUUUAUCACACAAUAAUCUACUUUGAGACUGGAGAAAUGUUGGAAAACUUGCCAAUGUUAGAUUUUGUUUAAUUGAUGUGCAUGAUGUGUCUUUAACUUUCAGUGUUUUGGAAUUCAGUGUCCUGGUUUACAUGUAACAAGCUCUCAUGUUCAUUAAUUGUCUUGUCUUAAUGUCAGAUUGUGUAGUUGUCCUUUGCUUGUGUGUCUGAAAAAAAUGCAUACUCAGUUCCCCUGAGACUCAUACAGCAUUGAAUUCUCCUUAUAAACAAUUACAAUCUGUCGCCCCACUACAAGUCUCUCUGUAAUAUGUGACCUGUUUAUAUUUCUG